UGCAAACUUAACUCAUUCAUGUGCUUCUCUUCACCCUCACUUAAUUUGAGAAGAGUGAGUACAAUUUUCAGUGUUUAAUAAGCAAAUGGAAAAGCUGAACUUUAUUAAAAAUGGAGUGAGUAGAUUGCCUCCUGGUUUUCGUUUCCAACCGACGGAUGAAGAACUUGUUUUUCAGUAUUUGAAAUGUAAAAUCUUCUCAUGCCCCUUGCCAGCUUCCAUCAUUCCUGAGGUCAAUGUUUGCAAGUAUGAUCCUUGGGAUUUGCCAGGAGGCUGUGAUGAGCAUGAGAGGCACUUUUUCAGCUCCAAGGAAGCAAAAUAUAGAAAUAGUAAUAGGAUGAGUAGAACAACAAAAUGUGGAUAUUGGAAGGCGACAGGAUCAGACAAAAGAAUUUCAUCUUCAAGUUGUAAUGGCAUUGUUGGAAUAAGAAAAACCCUAGUUUUUUAUCAAGGAAAAUCACCAAAUGGUUGUAGAACUAAUUGGAUCUUGCAUGAAUAUCGUCUCGUCAACGUAGAAACUAGUUCUUCAAAUUCAACUCAGAAUUAUGGAAAUGAAAUUGGAGAUUGGCUUCUAUGUCGAUUAUCGACGAGGAAAAGAAAUUUAGAAUAUGGAAGCACUAGUACUCAUAAUAAUAAUAAUAAUAACAAUAACAAUAAUGCUACUCCGAAUUCGAGAUUAAUGUUUGAUUUUAUGAUGGUAAACAACAAGGCAUGUUCUUCUACUUCAUCUUCAUGUUCAAGUUCAAGUAACAACAACAUUGAGGUCUCUUCAAAUCUACAAGAUCAUGAACAAGAUUAUGCUGAACAUUUUUAAUUAAGCAGUGAAUAUUUUUAAUUAAUUAAUGUUAAUUUCUUUGCUUGUUUCCUAACUAUGAUCAUGAUGUUGUAAUAUGCUUAUACUCUUUGUUGUUUAAAAUAUUUAAUAUUAGUAUUUUCUUUGGACUUGUAUUAA